GCAGAGAGCUGAAGUUCCUGAUGCUUGCAUGAUGAACACCAAAGGGCGACCUCGGACAUCAAAAUUAAAUUAAAUUACGUUUCAAAAUCAUUCACUUGAAGUCCGUUAUCGCUUUUACAUAAGAAACGGAGGCCAUAGCACCGCCGAAAAACUUGAAUUCCGUCAACCGGAGAUAAUAUACGUUGUUUGUAUGGUGUGAAUUUAUCAUAAAUUAGGUGGAACUCUGUUAUAAGUUAGUUAUGCCUAUCUCCGACCACCGCCGUUCUCAUUCGGCGGGAAAGCCCUGGUUACUAUGUCCGUUUUGGCAAUCUGGAACAGCUUCUUCGUCAACGCAGAAUCUUCAAUUUCAGAAUCAGAAAAGCCAUGAAAACGGCGUUGCAUCAAACGGUCGAUCUUCCAACAAGGUAUCGUCGGUGGCGAAAUCGCUCCUACCAACUAGGCGGAGACUCCGCCUUGAUCCGGCUAACAACCUUUACUUUCCUUAUGAGCCUGGUAAACAGGUGAAAAGUGCUGUUCGGAUCAAGAACCAUAGCAGUUCUCAUGUUGCUUUUAAGUUUCAAACCACUGCACCAAAGAGCUGUUAUAUGCGACCUCCUGGUGGGAUUCUGGCUCCUGGGGAAAGUAUUAUUGCGACAGUUUUCAAGUUUGUUGAGCAACCAGAAAAAAACGAAAAACAGCUGGACCAAAGGAGCAAGGUUAAGUUCAAGAUCAUGAGCCUCAAGGUCAAAGAAGGAAUUGACUAUGUGCCUGAAUUGUUUGAGGAGCAAAAGGAUGAAGUAGUUGUCGAGCGAAUAUUACGUGUUAUUUUCUUGAAUGCGGAGCGCCCUACCCCUGCAUUGGAAAAACUAAAACAUCAACUGGCUGAAGCUGAGGCUGAAUUAGAAUUACGCAAAAAACCUCAAGUGGAUACAAGUCCAAAAGUUGUUGAGCAAGGACUUGUUAUAGAUGAAUGGAAAGAACGAAGGGAGAAAUACCUUGCUCGACAACAGGUCGAGGCUGUAGAUUUGGUGUGAGGAAGUCUCUCGUGUCGUAAAUUUGUUAUUUCAUCUGUGACAGAUAUAUCGGUCCCAAUUCCACCAUCUUGACUCGAUCAUGCACCAGUUAUAUAUGUUGGAAUUGGUAGAGGUUUCAGAGGUUUGUAGCAAUGCUGGUCGAUGCGUUAACAUAUGCAUCAAUCAUUAGACGAGCAUCGUAAAAUGUCCUCCUGGGCCUUACCUAGUAAAAUGAUGAAACCUUAUUUUUAUCAAUAAGUUCAAAAUGUGUAACAAUGUAAUUCAUACUUGAAUAAAUAACCAUUUAAACUUUAUUUUUCU